CAGGGGGAGGAGGAGAGGGCGGGGGAAGGGUAGGUGAGGAGGGGGCCCCGGGGCAGAUCUGAUUGUUUUCUUGGUGGUAUAUAAGGGGUUUUAAGGAGAGUCGUGUGCCAGACACGCAGCCACUGAACCACAAGCAGCUCGGCUUUAACUGGAGUGCCUGGGAGUCGCGUGCCAGCAGCCGCACGGCCAGGGACUGACUGACAGACAGACACGCACGAGCACGACAACACACGAGACCCGGGCGGGCUGCCGCGGUCGCCGGGGCUCUUGGCAAAGUCACCCAGCAGAGAGGCCCCCCGCAGAGGUGCGCCUAGGAAGCGCCAAGCCCUCGGCGCUCCAAAGGAGCGAGGGACAACGCUCUUGGUUGCCGGCUGCGGGGACAUUCCCGGACACGCACCAGAGCAGCAGCUGGUACCGGGGACACAUCUGGAGCCCAGUAGGAUGUUCGUCAAAUCCGAGACUCUGGAGUUGAAGGAGGAAGAGGAGGUGCUGAUGCUGCUGGGCUCGGCUUCCCCGGCCUCGGCGACCCUGACUCCGAUGUCCUCCAGCGCGGACGAGGAGGAGGACGAGGAGCUGCGCCGGCCUGGCGCGGCGCUUGGGCAGCGUGGGGCGGAAGCCGGGCAGGGGGUGCAGGGUAGUUCGGCGUCCGGCCCUGGGGGUUGCCGGCCAGCGCGGCUGCUGGGCCUGGUGCACGAGUGCAAGCGGCGCCCCUCGCGCGCACGGGCGGUCUCCCGAGGAGCCAAGACGGCGGAGACAGUGCAGCGCAUCAAGAAGACCCGCAGGCUGAAGGCCAACAACCGCGAGCGCAACCGCAUGCACAACCUGAACGCGGCGCUGGACGCGCUGCGAGAGGUGCUGCCCACUUUUCCCGAGGACGCCAAGCUCACGAAGAUCGAGACGCUCCGCUUCGCCCACAAUUACAUCUGGGCGCUCACCGAGACCCUGCGCCUGGCGGACCACUGCGCGGGCGCCGGCGGCCUCCAGGGGGCGCUCUUCUCCGAGGCCGUGCUGUUGAGCCCCGGAGCCGCGCUCAGCGCCCCGGGGGACAGCCCUUCGCCCUCCUCCUCCUCCUGGAGCUGCACCAACAGCCCUGCGUCCUCUUCGGCGUCCUCCAACUCCACGUCCCCAUACAGCUGCACUUUAUCGCCCGCUAGCCCCGGGUCAGAUGUGGACUAUUGGCAGCCCCCACCUCCGGAUAAGCACCGUUAUGCACCUCACCUGCCCGUCGCCAGGGACUGUAUCUAGAGGGGCGAGCCUCCCUCUCCAGUCCUCUACCUGGCCCUCCUCCACCCCCUUCUCCCGCCUCCACCUCCCACGCCCUGGACUGCGCUGCACAGAGCAGAGGUAGCCGCGGCAAUCCCUCGGCAGCUGAUGCAUUCUUGGGCUGUGGGUUAACUUCACGCAGACACCGUCUCUGAUGUAUUGAAGAUGUGAGGAUUUAUGGUCAAAGAGGAUUGUGGCGUGUAGGGUUGGGGUGGGGGGUUUGGGAGGGGAGACUUCGUGAGACUCUAAAGACAGACACUGAGAAAAGAUGCCGGUGCCAUAACUAAUAGUUUGCAGAGCGGGCUGGCGCUCCUCCCCUCUCUGAGCUGCUGGAGGAGAACUCCAGGGGCAGUUCGUGUGAAUCUCACAGAGGGAACGCAACGGGUCCCUGUGAUCUUUUCACCUUCGUUUCUACAUAGAGAUGUUAAUGUCAGUCGAAAGAAAUGUAUCUUAGCAUCUGAAUGAAUUUCCCGGUAAUAAUAUUAUCCACACAUUUGCAAUGGCUGGCAUCUGCUCUAUUCCCAUUGCUGUCGGCAGGCUGUGGGAAAUUCACCUGUCAAACCAAACUUUCCUUCUCUGAUAUGCACUUUGUUCUUUUUCCCAGAUUCGUCACAAUGCCUAUUGUCCCGCCCUUCUCUUUCCUUUUUUUUCUCCAUUUUGCCAUCUGUCUCUUAUGAUUUAUAAGGGGAAAAACUUGUUUUGUUAGAGGGCCAGGUUAGAAGUCAUUGUAUAAUUUGUAGGCUUUUGUAAGGAUUGAAUACAAGCGUGGAAAUUUAGGCUGAACUCUCUAUCAAAAGGAAAAAUGUGGAGGAAAAGGGAAAAAUCAGGAGGGAGGACUGCUUCAUGCAUUAUUUAUCUCGACCUUUUAGGGGAGAAGGAACUCCCCCAUCCUUUCAAGAGAUUAAAAAUAAAUCAACAGCCUGAAAUCCUAAGCAGACACGGGGCAUUACCAGGAUCAGCCACACACGUGUUCCCUUCUAUUUAUUUUGAAGAAAAUUUUCAUGGGAAAAGUAUGUAUUUUUUUGUAUAUUCUACAGAGUUUAUUCUAGUAUGUAUUUACAUCUUGAAGAACAAGAAAAUUGUUUUGUGAUUAAGCUAUAAAUAAAGUAUAUAAUUUUCAUAAA